GGUAUGUUAGUCGAUGUUGAUUAAUACAGUAGUUUACGAGCCUUUAGAGCAUUCAGAACUUAACAUUAAUAGUAUUUAGACCUGAUUCUUGAUAGCAUGUUAAAAUAUCAAUUUGGUUAGAAAAUUGGAGAGGGCACUUUUGCAUAAGUCUAUAUUGGAGCAUGCAAUAAUGAAUAAGUAUAUUCAUAAUUAAUUAACUUCAGGUAGCCAUCAAAGUACUCCAGAAGGAUUCUUUAAAGACUGAACGAGACAAAUUUAGAGUCAAUAAGGAAAUUGAAUUACUAAACAAGGUUAAUCAUCCAAAUAUUGUUAAAAUGAAGGAAGUAAGCAAUCAAAUUGAGAAUGUAGAUUCUAGAAGAUGAAAAUUGCAUAUAUUUGAUUACUGAGUACGUUUCUGGUGGCGAAUUGUUUAAUUAUAUUGUGCAAAAAAAAAGGUUAUUUUUUAUCCUAUUGUAGACUCACAGAUAGAGAAUCAAGGCAUAUCUUCAGAUAAAUCAUAAAUUCCAUUAGUUAUCUACAUACUUUAGGCAUUAUUCACAGGGAUCUUAAACCAGAAAAUAUUCUAAUGAGGGAUGAUAACGAUAUUUGUUUAAUCGAUUUUGGAUUGUCAAUGGAAGUCACUACAGGAUAGCUAUUAGUAACACCUUGUGGAAGUCCAUGUUAUGCUGCCCCUGAAAUGUUAGAAGGUUUAAACUAUGAUGGUACAAAAACAGAUAUUUGGAGUUGUGGUGUCAUUCUUUAUGCCAUGCUAUGUGGUUAUUUACCUUUCGAUGAAGAAAAUACAGAAGUAAUCUUAUCUCCUAAUAUAUUUAAGGAUUUGUAUGAAAAGAUAAAAGAAUGUUAAUAUACAAUUCCAAAUUCAUUACACUAAGAUGCUAAAGAUCUCAUAAAGAAGAUAUUAGUUUUUGAAGAUUAGAGGAUUAGCAUAGAAUAGAUAAAAAAUCAUCCAUUUUUCAAAAUUAAUAAUGAAGAGAUAAGUAAUCAUGAAUUAUCAAUUGAAUAAAUUGAGUAGUCUUCAGAACUUUAAGAAGAUCUAGAAGAUUAAAAUGAUUAAGCUUCAUUCAUUUAAUCAUAACAUUAAGAAGAAGAUACAGAACAAUAUAUUCAACCAAUUUCAGAAAUAUAAAAUAGACCAAGAGGACAUACUUUAAAACGAGAAUCUAUCAUGAAUGAAUUAGAAAUUAAUACUAAUACUAUCCAACCAAAAAAUUAAUUUGAACUUCCAAUUCAAAACAAUAUGAAAAAAAAUCUUAAGACUAUUGAAGAAGCGUUUUAGAUUAUUCAAGAAUCUUCAAGAUAUAAGGAUAGAAAAAUGAUAGAAGAUCAAUCAUAAUCCUAAAUUUAAUUGCCAUAUAAACCAGCUAUGAAAAUCAACACAAAUAAACCAUAUUCUAAAAUUAAGUACGUACAAACUAUUAGAUAUCGUGAAUGAUGUGUUUGUUAUCAAUAUNUUAAAGACUGAACGAGACAAAUUUAGAGUCAAUAAGGAAAUUGAAUUACUAAACAAGGUUAAUCAUCCAAAUAUUGUUAAAAUGAAGGAAGUAAGCAAUCAAAUUGAGAAUGUAGAUUCUAGAAGAUGAAAAUUGCAUAUAUUUGAUUACUGAGUACGUUUCUGGUGGCGAAUUGUUUAAUUAUAUUGUGCAAAAAAAAAGGUUAUUUUUUAUCCUAUUGUAGACUCACAGAUAGAGAAUCAAGGCAUAUCUUCAGAUAAAUCAUAAAUUCCAUUAGUUAUCUACAUACUUUAGGCAUUAUUCACAGGGAUCUUAAACCAGAAAAUAUUCUAAUGAGGGAUGAUAACGAUAUUUGUUUAAUCGAUUUUGGAUUGUCAAUGGAAGUCACUACAGGAUAGCUAUUAGUAACACCUUGUGGAAGUCCAUGUUAUGCUGCCCCUGAAAUGUUAGAAGGUUUAAACUAUGAUGGUACAAAAACAGAUAUUUGGAGUUGUGGUGUCAUUCUUUAUGCCAUGCUAUGUGGUUAUUUACCUUUCGAUGAAGAAAAUACAGAAGUAAUCUUAUCUCCUAAUAUAUUUAAGGAUUUGUAUGAAAAGAUAAAAGAAUGUUAAUAUACAAUUCCAAAUUCAUUACACUAAGAUGCUAAAGAUCUCAUAAAGAAGAUAUUAGUUUUUGAAGAUUAGAGGAUUAGCAUAGAAUAGAUAAAAAAUCAUCCAUUUUUCAAAAUUAAUAAUGAAGAGAUAAGUAAUCAUGAAUUAUCAAUUGAAUAAAUUGAGUAGUCUUCAGAACUUUAAGAAGAUCUAGAAGAUUAAAAUGAUUAAGCUUCAUUCAUUUAAUCAUAACAUUAAGAAGAAGAUACAGAACAAUAUAUUCAACCAAUUUCAGAAAUAUAAAAUAGACCAAGAGGACAUACUUUAAAACGAGAAUCUAUCAUGAAUGAAUUAGAAAUUAAUACUAAUACUAUCCAACCAAAAAAUUAAUUUGAACUUCCAAUUCAAAACAAUAUGAAAAAAAAUCUUAAGACUAUUGAAGAAGCGUUUUAGAUUAUUCAAGAAUCUUCAAGAUAUAAGGAUAGAAAAAUGAUAGAAGAUCAAUCAUAAUCCUAAAUUUAAUUGCCAUAUAAACCAGCUAUGAAAAUCAACACAAAUAAACCAUAUUCUAAAAUUAAGUACGUACAAACUAUUAGAUAUCGUGAAUGA